AUUUCAAGGUCCACUACUGUGAUCCUCCAUCACUUAGCACUGUCGGGGACAUCCUGCAGGUCGUCAAUGCCUCGAUGCCAAGCAACGUCACUGAUCUACCCAACAGCACAUGCGCCAAAGACGUCAGUCUGCUCUACCUGUUGCUGCUUCUAGGCACUUUUUCUUUGGGAGUGACACUGUACACGUUCAGGAACACGUAA